AUGAUAUUCUCAGUAAUAACAAAUUUAAACAGAAAUCUGAGUUCGAAAAUAAUCCACUUAAGAGAAAAUUCAACCGUACCACCGCCGAAAGAACCUAUAGUUACUCUACUGAACGCUGCUACCGGGGUUGGUAAAAAUGUUGCAUUAUUAUUAAAGCAGAGUCCGUAUAUAGGAGAGUUAAGACUAUAUGAUGCGAAUAAAACGAUACGUGGUAUUGCCGAGGAUUUGAGUCACAUUGAUACGAAAGCACAAAUAAAAUCGUUUUCUGGGCAAAUGGUCUUAAAAGAUGCAAUUACCGAUGCGAACAUUGUGGUGAUAGUUGGUGGUGAUAGGGAAUCAUCCAAAGAAACUUUAAAUGAUACAUUUGAUAAAAACGUUGACGAUGUCAGAAUAUCAGCUCUCAAUAUGACUGAAUUCAAUCCCAACGCCAUAUUUUGCAUAGCAAAACCUCCAGUAGAAGCAUUAGUUCCACUAGUCUCUGAGGAAUACAAGAAAGCCGGAGUUUACGAUUGGACAAAAAUCUUUGGAAUAAAAAAUUCUGUAUCUAUGAUAGCGAACAGUAUAAUUGCUGCCAAAGACAAGCAGAAACCAAUAGAUGUAAUAUGUCCCAUAGUAGGGGGUUUGAGUAAUGAGUGUCUCGUUGCUAUCUUAUCCCAAGUAAGACCGAAAACUAAAACUACGCUUUCAUCGGAUGUACAAAAACAAAUAGUCGGUACAGAAAACGAAAUACUAAAACUUCACGAAAAUUGCAAAGGAAUGUACUUGAUACCAGCUUUGGGUAUAUACCGUUUUAUAAAUUCGUUAAUAAAAGCUUAUAAUGGUGAUACAAACUGUGUAGAAUGCGCUUUCGUUCGUCAAACUGGUCACAUCGGGAAUUUCUUACCGUAUAUGACGUCAAUAAUAAAAUUUGGUAAACACGGUAUAUCGUCGACCCAUAUGCCGAAAAUGAACGGGGAAGAAGGACACGCGCUACAAAAAGCUGCCGUUAGUAUAAAAAAAUGUAUUCGAUUAGGAGAAAGUUUCGUUACCGGUGAACCCCAAACAAUUUACGGAACAACCGUGGAUCGUAAAAAAGAAAUAUCCGCACAAAAAUAUAUCGAUAAACAAACCGAACUGAAUUUGAUAAAAACCACGUAG